CUCAAGCUUGUAGCCUAUUUACCCACCUCGGAUUCGAGAGGAAUAUAUAGCCUAUACAUAUAUAUAUAUAUAUAUAUAUAUAUGCAUGUUUGUAUGGGAGUGUGUAUGUGUGUACACAUAUAUAGGCCUUAUGUAGGCUAUACAAGCUGAGCCUGACAGCGGGGGUUGCUUUUUCACCUGCAAGAAACGUGAAUACAUUUCGAGGGAUUUUCACCUCUUGGUCACGUUUUCCUUUUCUUUUCUUUUUGCCUUUUUUCAAUGAUUUUUCGUCUUGAAGGGAUUCUUCGGAGCCGCGCCGGGAAUUUAAAAAGUCUAUCGGUGCGCAGUUUUGGAGGCUCGGUGGUGAUGUGAGGGGCUGAUAACACAUUUCAGCAACAAAAGCGAGGGGCAGGGAGAGAGAGAAGGCCCUUUGGAGGAGAAAACACAGCAAGGAACAGCCAUCACAAAUAAGGAGGACAAAUCGGGGGGUAUUGGAUCGUCUCGGAGUCGGAGGUGGUGGGGGAUCCAGCCGAAAAGACAACCGCAGUGAGUUUGGAGCUGUUUUGGGUUGAUUUGAUGCAGCGAAUGAAAAGGAGCCGGAUGACGACGGAAGCAGUGAGAAGAUCACACAUGUAGCUCGUUUGGGUGUAAAUAUUAUUUCCCUUCUUCCUGUCCUGCUGGGCCCCCCGAUGAAGACAGCCGUCGGGGAGACAGAGAAAUAGAUAGAGAGCAUAAGUGUACACCUAUGGACAUGUUUAUCAUGAAAGGAGACGUGGAAACGAGCCGCGCCACAGCACGGGCGAGGUUUUCGGACACGCCGAGUUCGGCUCCUUGUCACGGGCAGCAGUGAGACGCAAGACCCGGGCUUUUGGAGAUGCAAAUUAGGCUGUUUAUUCUGCCUCCGUUUGAGGUGAAACCCCGAUUUUUUGGUGUCUCGACAGACGUUGUGGAUUACAGUUGUUAACGUUACACAGUCGACGGGGGGAGAGAGUGGGAAAACAAAACAAAAACUGUACUGCAUGUUAAAGGAGGAAAAAGCCCGAGUAGGAUUCAGCAAACUGAGAAGGCGGCCUCGGUGUCGUCAGCAACAGUAUCCUGCCCUUUCUCUGACAGCAAAAUACGCGUUAUGGACACAUAAUUUCUACAGUGCUGCACCACGGACAGUUUUUGGAGCAGGCCAGGGACGUUACACGGUGUAAAUGUGGCUGACAUCGCUGCCAAAUCCGCAUGUCAAACGAGGGAUCUAGACUAGUUUAGUUUAUUUAUUUAUUUUUCUUUCUACAUACCCCCCCUCCACCUCCACUUCUUCCACCUCCUCCUCCUCCUCCUCCUCCUCCCCUGGACCCCCUUUUUUCUUUUUUCUUGCGGGAAGAUGGGUUGUUUGGGCAACAGUAAGACCGAAGACCAGAGAAAUGAGGAGAAGGCACAAAGAGAAGCAAACAAAAAGAUAGAGAAGCAGCUCCAAAAAGACAAGCAGAUAUACAGAGCAACACACAGACUACUACUUUUAGGAGCUGGAGAGUCAGGAAAGAGCACCAUAGUGAAACAGAUGAGGAUCCUACAUGUUAACGGCUUCAAUGCGGAAGAGAAGAAGCAGAAAAUUCAUGACAUCAAGAAUAAUAUUAAAGAGGCUAUUGAGACCAUAGUAACAGCGAUGAGCACCCUGGCACCGCCAGUGCAGUUGGCAUGCCCACAGAACCAGUACCGGAUUGAAUACAUCCUCAACCUCGUCAGCCAAAAGGACUUUGAGUUUCCAUCUGAGUUUUACGACCAUGCGAAGACACUGUGGCAGGAUGAGGGGGUCCGGGCGUGCUACGAGAGAUCCAAUGAGUACCAGCUAAUCGACUGUGCACAAUACUUUCUAGACAAGAUCGACAUCGUGAAACAGAGUGACUACACUCCAACAGAUCAGGAUUUGCUGCGGUGCAGAGUUCUGACUUCAGGAAUCUUUGAGACAAGAUUCCAGGUGGACAAAGUUAAUUUCCAUAUGUUUGAUGUUGGCGGUCAAAGAGACGAACGUCGGAAAUGGAUUCAAUGCUUUAACGAUGUAACGGCCAUCAUCUUUGUAGUGGCCAGUAGCAGUUACAACAUGGUGAUCAGAGAGGACAAUCAGACCAACCGUUUACAGGAGGCCCUCAACCUCUUCAAGAACAUCUGGAACAACAGGUGGCUGCGGACCAUUUCUGUCAUCUUGUUCCUAAAUAAACAGGACCUGCUGGCCGAGAAGGUGUUGGCAGGGAAGUCCAAAAUCGAGGAAUACUUUCCUGAAUUUGCUCGUUACACCACACCUGACGAUGCGACACCAGAGCCUGGAGAAGAUCCACGUGUCACAAGGGCAAAGUACUUCAUAAGAGAUGAAUUCCUGAGGAUCAGCACAGCAAGCGGGGACGGCAGGCACUACUGUUACCCCCACUUCACCUGCGCCGUCGACACGGAAAACAUCCGCCGUGUCUUCAACGACUGUCGAGACAUCAUCCAGAGGAUGCACCUGCGGCAGUAUGAGCUGUUGUGAUGGGAGAAGAAAAGUGUUCGGCCAAAACCACAUUGGACUAUGAAAAACAUCCCUGAAGUCUCUGAACUCCCCUCUUCCACAGAAGUGUGUGAGCUCUUGAGAAGGAACAGGGGCCAAAAUGCACGCACACAGACACACAUGAACACACACACACACACCCACACUUACAGUAAACAGACCCUAAACCCAGAACUUCCCCUGAUGCAAACUCCCAACCUGCAGUAGACCGAGCUAUUUUGAUGGAAGGGUUUUAUGGCUAUCACAAAAAUGGACUCCGAUCUCCACCUUCGGCCAUACUCCCAGCUCCACAUCAUAUAUCAUCCCCAUACACGUUACGCUCACCCUCCUAGAAACUCUGAGUGGCCCAGUCUGGACUGUAUUUCCUGCAAUGAGGAGGGUUUGAACCGUUCAGAUUGUGAGAUUUCCCUCUUGUCGAGGUCGGGAUGAAAACUGAGCGAGCUACUACUUCAGUGCAACUGGGAAAGAGAUAACUGUUUAAUUACUGCAAAUAGAGAACAAACGUCGCAACAGAUCAGCUGAACACUGUAUCUAACAAAAAAAGGCACUGUGCUCAGGACAAACCGUGUAUACCAAUCCUUCCUAUCACUUACACACACAUCCAUGGAUCCAACCACAGGAUCUGCUUGCACACAGAAACGUAUCACACCUGCUUUUUACUGGACUGCAUAACCGGGUUGGAUCCGGAAACAUACUGAUCUGCUGACGAGCGGCAGGCUGGUUGAGCUGUCAGCUGAUUUUUCCGGCACAGUGCUUUGAGAUUAAACAGACUGCGCACCCCAGCCCCGAGGAGCAGCGUUAGCACAGACUAAACGGACCAGGGGUGUGUUGUGAUAAGUCAGGCCGCAGGGGGGCGGAGGCUCGCUUAAACAGGACAGAGCUGACUCCGAUGUGAAUUUCUCUGAUGGAGUCAUGUUUGACAGAGACGACGAUGACAGCCCCUCGACUUCUCCACACUUGACUUGCCUUGUUGGUGUCGGAGAAAAAAAUGCGAGGAGGAUACAUUGAGUUUAAAACAAAAAGAAACAAAAAAAAAAGCCAACUUUUAUGGAACUUAACUAAACGGAGGGCAAAAAGCAUCCUUCUACAGUACCAUAUAAGUUAAAGAGAACUCUCAUCUUGUCAUGAUUGACCCUGUUUUACUGUCUCCACAGCUGUUUUUGUCUGUGUGGACUUUUGUGCCAUUGUGCCCUGUGCGCUCUCUUUCUUUAUCUUUACUCUCUCUGUCUCUGUCACUCUCGCCUUUUUUUCCCCACCCCCGUUCUUUCUCCUCUGAUGCUUUUUCUCUCCGCCUUGACAUUUCUUCCCUCCCUCCCAUCUGCACUUUUACCUCCCUGGCAACAGAAAAUAAAAUAUAAUACUCCUGGAAUAUAAAAAGAUGACAACAACAAACAGGACACUAAUGUUUUUUUUUUUUAAUCCAUGGUCAAACAGCCUGCUCGCACCUCCCUGCCAUUCCUCCCUCUGUCACUCCUCCUCUCUCUCCUCCUCCCUUCCCAACCUCUUGCUCCUUUGUACGUCUGUCUUUACAUUACUGCUGAACUAUUAUUCUUGUACAGACUGUAAAAUGUAUUAUUUUGUACAACUUUAUUGAAAAAAAUAACUUUUAGAAGAUCCCUGUGCCUUGAUCACGACUGUACGUGUGUAAUGAGCUAAAGUGGGUGUCAUACUGCGCUGUAUAGCUUGGCCAAUCCCCUCCUAACUCCCAGCCUCCUUUGCCACUUUCUUCUCUGUCUCUUUCUUUAUCCCUCUCUCUAUCUCUCACUCUCACUCUCUCUUCACUGUCUCCUGUCUCUCCUCGGGGACGGAGGACAACCAUUCGUAGCUUUUGUAGUUUUAUUUCUCUCCCCUAUCCUCCCCAUUCUCUCUUUAUGAUUUAAAUGUCUAUUUUUGAAUCCAUAUACCCCAAAAAGAUAAAUAUAUGAAAUGUAUAUGGGUUUUAAAAAAAAGUAUUUUAUUAGAAUCAAAUGAACCUUGACAAAUUGUACACUUGAUAGUGUGCGUAUUGCUAUAACUUAAAUCCUUUCAACUGAAGUUGUGUUCAGGUUUCUUUUGUUUUCCCCCAUUGACAUCUGCAAAGGACAUUUCAAGGGUUAAAGCAUCGCUUGUUUCUACACAAAUCUUAUUCUUUUGCUAAAAAAAAAGGCCAAAAAAAGACAAAAAAUAAAUUAAUUUCCGUUUAUUUUCUGAUAAGGGAGGGGGGUCCUCCUUCCCAGCCUUGCACAGCAGAGGCGGCCUGUACAGUAUUAGCAUCUCUCUCAUUUCAGUGCCCUAGUCUUCAUUUAAUGUGUACAUCAAAUAUGGGUCUCUACUUUCUGAACAGAAGCUCUAAGAAAUAAAGGUUUUUUUUUUGGUGC